GAGAAGUCGAAACUCUGAUCCCAGCACAACUGAAUUUUGAAAUAGUUGAUAUCACUGAUAAAGUGAAGAACCCUAUUGUUGGAACCACUUAUCUGGAAGAUAUUUACACCAUGGCAAAUGACAAGUUUCCUCUGACUGUUCAAGUUGCAGACAUCAUGAGCAAAAGCUGUUGCCUUAACAUGAAGGACAGAUGUAACCCCACAUACCUUGAAGCUGGAAAGUACCUCACAAUCUUGGGACGAGUAGAGAUGACAAAAUACCUGGUCACUGAAGUUGCUCAACACCCUGCCAGAAAACAUUUUCUCAUUCCACAGAACUACAAUGCUUUAUUUCAGAGGACUCCGAGAACAUUCCAAACAGUUUAUGACUUGGAACUUGCAAGGAAGGCGAGUGGAGUGAUUGAAGUUAUUGCUAUGCAAAGUUAUAUUGCAGAUCUAGAAGGAUUGUCUUCAUUUGUAACAGGAGAUAUAUUCCGUACAGUCAAGCCUGCAAAUAUUUCUACACUUGCUGGGAUGCAACCACAAAUCAUACCCGUUUUAAUAUGCGAGACCAUCUCCACUCAUGAUAGAGUCACACUCCCAAUGUAUGCAGUAGGGUCAUUCUUGGAAGUUUUAAAAGACAGAGAAAAAUUCACCAUUGGGGAACUGCUUGUCCACCACAAGCCCCCGUGCCAUGUAAGAAUGAUUUAUCAAGACCAGUCCCUUCCAAGCAAUCUUCUGUUUGGUAUAAAUGAACUCCAGAUUGAUGGUGAGGUCAACAUGAAAUAUCUCAUUGUUAAAUGGACUCAGACUUCAGCUAAACCUUUUGAAAUACCUGUUGAACUUGUGAAAGUCAAGGUGACCAUGGUGAGCCAAGAGUUACCUCCCUGUGGUGAGCAAGUCAUCAAUCUGCCAUUACCCGCAACUGUUGAAGCUUUAUCAGCUGAUAACUAUAAGUUGCUUAAAGGUUGUGAUGCAUGUCCAGCACCUCCUCCACUACCUCCCAAAUUCAGGAGUAGGAUUCCAUCAUGUCAUCAAAUGCAAAUCCGUCCAUUCCCACCCAGAGUGACAGGAGCAACUCUUCUCCUUCCUGAUCAGACUACCGAACUAUCAAAAACACACUCACAAGACCGUAGAAAAUUGCAGAACAUUUAUCUCGAGGAGACUGUGUGAAAGAGAUGGUGUUUCAGAAAAGCCAAGUGUGGGACUAACUUAAAUUUCCUCAUCUUUUCAAAUGAAAUAUUAUAUGUAGUAUGUUUCUUCCAACUGUUAAAAAUUGGGACAAUUCACUUUUCUUCUCCAGGUUGACAGUUCAGCAGGCACCUCAAACCAGAACAUCAACAGAAUUGGAAUGUGAACACUUUAUAGUACAUUGAUUGACAUGUAUAUCAGACUUUAUACUUGGUUUAAAUACAUCAGUAAUUAAAUACUGUGUAUGUAAUAUUUUUCAAUGACAUUAAAUUCAAAGUACACUGGAGU